AUGCAGUUUGAGAGAAGACUCACGUUAAUAGUCGCGAUAAUUCUUUCACAGGCAGUGGUAUACAACACUGCCGAUUUCCAGAUGACCGUAUUGCACACCAAUGACUACCAUCAACGAUUUGAACCGAUCAACAAAGACGGCAGCACUUGUUCCGAGAUAGGAGAAGCCCAGGGUGAGUGCUAUGGUGGGAUAGCGAGGCUCAUGACGGCGGUUACCGAAGUACGCGCCACACACCCCAAUGUGCUACUGGUGGAUGCCGGCGAUCAGUUCUCGGGUACCGCGUGGUUUCAUGUUUUCAACGGCGCGCCUAGUUCCUAUUUCAUGAACAGUUUGGAGUAUGACUGCAUGGCACUUGGUAACCAUGAAUUUGAUAACGGUAUCGACGGUUUAAUACCGUUUUUAAACAAUGUGACAUUCCCUGUGAUUAGCGCAAAUAUCGACGCAACAUAUGAACCGUCGAUUGACGGACUGUAUUACCCAUCCACUGUGUUGGAGAUAGGCGGAGAAAGGAUUGGUUUGGUUGGUUACACCCUCGAUGAAACUGCUGGGUCUACUACAGGUAAUCUUAUAUUUACUGACGAAAUCGAGGCUGUUCAGGCGGAAGUGGAUAUACUCGUGAAUGAUGGGAUCAAUAAGAUCAUUGCUCUGGGGCAUUCUGGGUACACUAAAGAUAUGGAGAUAGCAGAGCAAGUAAAAGGUGUUGACCUGGUCAUCGGGGGUCACUCACACACAUUGCUGUAUACAGGUACGCCACCGGCCGAAGAGGAUGAGGACAUAGUUGAAGGUCCUUAUCCAACAAUGGUCACUUCAUCACACGAUGCUUCGGUCCAGGUUCCCGUCAUAACUGCAUAUAAAUACGGAAAGUAUUUAGGAUAUCUAAGUAUGACGUUCGAUGAUAACGGUAUCCUGACAGCGUAUGACGGCAACCCGAUAAUACUGGACAGCAAUGUGGCACAGGAUGAAGAAACGCAGGCCGAGGUUGAGAAAUGGAAAUCUCGUCUCGACGCCGAGACAUGCGAGAUCAUAGGCGAAAGUUAUGUUUACUUAGAUGGCCGUGCAAGCUCUUGUCGUCUGGAGGAAUGUAACCUUGGCAACCUAAUAACGGAUGGUGCUGUAUACCAUUACAAGAAAUUGGAUCACAGAGACGUGAACAUGGUAAUAUGGAACAGCGAUAGUAUCGGAGACUCCAUUGAUAAAGGAAAUAUCACCGUCGGUGACGUCAUGAAUGCUUUACCCUACGGCGACACGCUGGAUUUGCUUGAACUGCAGGGUGUUUACAUCCGCGAGGCACUAGAAUAUGCUGUGUCUGAAUACGAUGGCGUUACACAGCAAAACAGAUUUUUGCAAAUGUCAGGUAUACGAGUGACCUAUGACCUCACCAAACCAGCAUAUUCUCGGGUAUCAACAGCAGACGUUGUAUGCACAUAUUGUGAUAUACCUGAAUCAGUGCCCUUGGACGAUAACCUUGUAUACAAACUUAUAUGUAAUGACUACCUUGCAUCGGGUGGCGGCGGAUAUGAUAUGAUAAACGACAAUAAGCUAUCUCAAAUUACAGGUGCUGAUGAAAUUGACGUCAUUGUCGACUACAUUUCAACCAUGACACCUAUGUACACUGGUAUAGAAAACAGAAUUAUCUUUGCUGAAGAAACAGAGGAAUGUGACGUCAGCGCAUCUGUAAAACAGAACAUUGCAACUUCCGCACUAAACUUGAAAUUUAUUCUUGAUGACUUCUUUUCAUGGAACAACAUUGAAUGCUUUGAUGACCCUGAUGAUGUUGCUGGAAUGUGGAGCUACCUACUCGUGACCUAUCUUGAUAAACAUUCACCACUGAAACAGAAGCGCAUCAGCCAACCACGUCAGUCCGACUGGUAG